AUCGGUCAUGCGUUACCAGAAAAACAAUGUGUUAUCAAACUGAUUAAUAAAUCAUAAGGAAACCAAAAACCUUAUCUGUGUUGACGUCAAUGAUAUAAACAGCGCCACAAAUAACCUGCUGACAUCACUCCUACCUUCUAUAUACCGGGGGGAGUGACAAUACAUCUUAUAACGGCUACAGCCACCAGCUCUAUGGAGACUAGCACAGUCACAAACAUACACGGUUAACGAAAAGACAUAUUUCUUAUCUUGAAGAGUAUAAAGUAAGGACACGAUGACAGCUGAAACGUUGAUUCCCACUGUUGUGGACGCUGGAAACUUCUCGGUGAACACUCCUGGUGAUAUCAUCUAUCAAGAAGCUCCAACCGUUUGGGAUGAUUCCUUUUACUGGAACAUGAAUAUUUCGUUCUUUGAUAGUUCGGGUAAAGUUAAUGCGGAACUUUUGAAUAUGUUACCGGAUUCAUUUUUCAACACUAUAAAAGACGAUUUCUAUGGACGUAGAGAACCGAUGACAAUCAUUUUAAUGGUUUUAUAUUCCGCCGCAUUCAUUUCAGGUCUCCUUGGCAACAUUUUUGUGAUUGCAGUGGUAAUCCAGUAUCAGCACAUGCGCACACUGACCAAUGUGUUCCUGGUCAGUCUAACAGUUGGUGACCUGCUUGUGGUGUUGAUUUGUAUUCCAAUGACACUCGGAAGCUAUGUAUAUUCGGAUUAUAUUUUCGGAACAUUUAUGUGUAAGCUUACGCCAUUUCUACAAGGUACUGCGGUAGCGGUGAGUUCCCUCAGCUUACUCUCUAUUAGUAUAAAUCGGUACUUUGCCAUACACAGCCCACUAAAGGCCAAAGUGUUAUUCUCGAAAAAUAAAAUAUAUCUUUUAUUAUUCCUUGUCUGGCUUGUCUCCCUGUGUUCGUUCAUUCCACAACUUGUUGUGUGCACGGUAGUGACGUCGGGACUUCAAGGAGUGUACGAAAUGCACGUGUGCUUGGAACUGUGGUACUCCCCUGUAACGAAACAAAUCUACAGCAUGUUUAUCUUCUUUGUGCUAUUCUUUAUUCCACUAGUGGCCAUGUUGGUGACAUACACGCGAAUAGGCUACACUCUUUGGCGUACAGAGGCAAGACGUUUCAUGGAAAACUCCAUUACGAACAAAUCACAAGCCGAACGAAUUCUACGGCAGCGGAGAAGGACCGUUAAGAUGUUAGUUGCUGUUGUGAUGAUUUUUGUGUUCUGUUGGUUUCCGUAUUAUGCUGUGAUGAUCUGGCUGGAUUUCAACAUGGUGCUGUCCGAGAGAACACAGUUUGUAAACGAUUACAUCUACCCAAUCGUUCUUCUAUUAGGAUUAUCGAACUCCACAGUUAAUCCAGUAUGCUAUUGUUUUAUGAGCAAUGGAUUUCGGCGGGCAUUCCUUAAGUUAUGUUGUCGACAGAAACUCACAAGCGGGAAAAACGUACUGCUUACAGUGAGAUUUAAGUCUAGCGAUGAUUCACAAAUUGAAAGCGUUGUAACCGCCUUGUCGUAGGUUUGGAACUACGUGCGUGUUUGUUUGUUGAUGUUACAUGGGUGUUGCACAUCCGGUGAUUGAUUAACGUCAGAACGCUUCGUAUUUGAGUAUUUGAUGACUAACUUCACGAUGCAGCGUUAUCCGAUAUGGUGUUAUACGUUCAUGGACUGGUAAACGGUACGGAGUUGUACU